AUGUCAUACUCCAGCAUAAAACCUAAUGUUCACCCACCAACAAUUGUAGACUCAUCAGAUACCAUUCCCGAAGAAAAAUCACCUUUGGGGCAGGAAACAAGUGAACAAAUAGGGGGCUCCACCACUUGGAAAAUUAAGCAAGAGCCAGCAUUAUCAUCUUCAUCUUCAUAUAAACUCACUUCAAAAUUUCAGCAUAAUUCAUUACAUUCUAACGCAUUACAUAAAUCAAUAUUCAAAAGACAAAUACUUCAAAAACAAACGGCAAGUCAUCUUAAUAAGCAUAAUGAAAUUAAAUUAAAAUUAAAGUUGAAGAAUAAGUUUUUUUCCCCCACUGAUAAAUUGUUAUCUCCUUGUUCGCAAAAAUUAACAAGUCAUAAAUCCAAACUAUUCACUGCGAAAUCAAAUCCAACAAAAUUGAAUUUUGCAAUGAGUAAACUUAAUAAUGACGACAUUCUAAUGACUGGAUCAGAUGACGAUGAGAAUUAUUAA